AUGACUUACCACGAUGUAAUUAAGUUAGACAAGGAUGGCACCAAAACAGUAUCAUAUUACAAGCUUUUCUCCUUUGCCGAUUCCUCAGAUUACCUGCUAAUGUCUGUUGGUACAAUCAGUGCUAUUGGAAAUGGGGCCUCUGUCGCUCUAAUGACCAUAAUCUUUGGAGAUUUGAUUAAUUCCUUUGGACAAACUGGGAAUAAUAAAGAAGUGGUUGAUGCAGUUUCCAAGGUGGCUCUAAAGUUAGUCUACUUGGCGGUGGGAGCUGCUGCAGCUUCCUUUCUACAGAUGUCUUGCUGGAUGGUCACUGGAGAGAGACAGGCUGAUCGAAUAAGAAGUUUAUGCUUGAAAACAAUAUUGAGGCAAGAUGUUGGCUAUUUUGAUAAAGAAAUUAACACUGGUGAAAUUGUUGGGAGGAUGUCAGGUGAUACUGUGCUCAUUCAAGAGGCCAUGGGCGAGAAGGUAGGAACUUUUAUCCAGUUAAUUGCAACAUUCGUAGGAGGCUUUGUUGUAGCAUUUGUUAAGGGAUGGCUUCUCACCCUUGUCAUGCUAUCUUCUAUCCCCCUUGUUGUCCUCUCUGGUGCCGUCAUGCGCAUCCUUAUAUCAAAGAUGGCAUCCAGUGGACAAACUGCUUAUUCAGUGGCAGCAACUGUGGUAGAGCAGACAAUUGGUUCAAUCAGAACAGUUGCAUCGUUUACAGGAGAAAAGCAAGCUAUAGCUAAUUACAACAACUCCUUAAUUAAAGCUUACAACUCCGGUGUGCAAGAGGGUUUGGCAUCUGGGUUCGGAAUUGGUUCGGCUAUGCUGAUUAUGAUGUGUAGUUAUGCUCUGGCUAUAUGGUUUGGAGGAAAGAUGAUACUUGAAAAAGGAUAUACAGGAGGGGAAGUCAUUAAUGUAGUUUCCGCUGUGUUGACUGGCUCCAUGUCUCUUGGGCAGGCAUCUCCAUGCUUGAGUGUAUUUGCUGCUGGACAAGCUGCAGCUUAUAAGAUGUUUGAGACAAUUGACAGAAAGCCAGAGAUUGAUGCUUCUGACACUAAUGGGCAACAAUUACAUGAUAUCCGUGGAGACAUAGAACUGAGGGAUGUUUAUUUUAGUUAUCCUGCAAGACCGGAUGAACAAAUAUUCGAUGGAUUUUCUCUUUCAAUACCUAGUGGUGCAACUGCUGCUUUGGUUGGAGAGAGUGGAAGUGGUAAAUCAACUGUAGUCAGUUUGAUUGAGAGAUUUUAUGACCCCCUAGCUGGCGAAGUUCUUAUUGAUGGGAUUAAUCUCAAAGAGUUCCAGUUGAAAUGGAUCAGACAGAAAAUAGGCCUUGUCAGCCAGGAACCCGUUUUAUUUACUUGUAGCAUUAAAGAUAAUAUUGCCUAUGGAAAGGAUGGUGCAACCACUGAAGAAAUAAGGGCUGCUGCUGAACUUGCCAAUGCUGCUAAAUUCAUAGACAAACUGCCUCAGGGACUAGACACAAUGGUUGGUGAGCAUGGAACUCAGCUAUCUGGGGGCCAAAAGCAGAGAGUUGCAAUAGCUAGAGCAAUUCUCAAAGACCCAAGAAUUCUACUUUUAGAUGAAGCCACGAGUGCUCUUGAUGCAGAAUCUGAGAGCAUUGUGCAGGAGGCACUGGACAGAAUUAUGAUCAACCGGACUACUGUCGUCGUAGCCCACGGCUUGAACACAGUAAGGAAUGCUGACACCAUUGCUGUUAUACAUCGAGGAACAAUUGUUGAAAAAGGUAAUGCAUUUGUUUAUGUUGUCCUGUUCUGCCAUUUGAAGGCCAAAUCGUAUUGUCUAUAG